CCAGGCUCCCAGCCCACAAGCUGUCCGUCCCCGCGCCGCUACGCCGCCAACCCAAGCUAGGGUUUUGCUCCUCCCCUUCUCCGCUCCUCGCACCCAUGGAUCCCUUCUCGAAGAAGCGGAAGCCCGAUGAGAACGGCGCGGUCGCCGCCUCCCCGGCCGCCGGGGCCGCCGCGCUCGGGCUUACCCGCGACGACGUCCUGCGCCUCCUCGAGCCGCUCUCCCGCGACCAGCUGGCAGACAUCGCCGCUGCCGCGGCGCUCGCCUCCGGCGUCGCGCUUGACGCCGUGCGCGCCGCGGCGGACCGCGACCCGGCCCUCCGCAAGCUCUUCGUGCGGGGCCUCGGAUGGGAGACCAACUCCGACUCGCUCCGUACGAUCUUCUCCGCCUACGGCGACCUCGAGGAGGCCGUAGUCAUCAGCGACAAGUCUACCGGCCGCUCGAAGGGCUACGGAUUCGUCACCUUCCGCCACGCCGACUCCGCCGUCCUCGCCCUCAAGGAGCCAUCCAAGAAGAUCGACGGUCGCAUGACCGUUACUCAGCUCGCUGCUGCUGGCGCGGCUGGCGGGCCGUCUGGAGGGACAGCCGGCGCUGGCGGCGCCCCUGCAGCAGACGUCUCUCUCCGCAAAAUCUUUGUUGGGAACGUCCCUGCUGACAUGUCAUCAGAGCGCCUCCUUGCGCACUUUGCUUCCUAUGGAGAGAUUGAGGAGGGGCCGCUUGGGUUCGACAAGCAGACGGGAAAAUUCAGGGGCUUUGCUCUUUUUGUGUACAAGACACCUGAUGGUGCGCAGGCCUCACUAGUGGACUCGAUCAAGACGAUCGAAGGGCACCAGCUCGUGUGCAAGCUAGCCAUUGAGGGGAAGAAGGGGAAGCAGCAACCACAGCAGUCUGGGCCUGCCGGGCAACAGCAACCACAGAUGCUCCAAGGUGGCCCUCAGGAAAUGCCGGGUUCUGGGCUUGGGCUAGGUGGACCACAGCUGGGUGGGUAUGGUGGUGGCCCUGGUAGUGGUAUGUCAUCGUUUGGUGCAUUUGGUGGUGUUGGCACUGGCCUUGGAGGUCCCAACCCAUUCGGGAACUUGCCAUCUUCCAUGGGUGGUGGUGUUGCAGCUGGUUUGGGUUCGAUGGGAAACCAGAUGCCUUCCGGGAUGGGUGGUGCUGGUCCUGGUGCAUUUGGGCCUGGGGGAUUGGGUGGUAGUUCAUUUGGGGGCUCAUCUCAAUUUGGUGUUGGUGGGAUGGGGCCUUAUGAUGGUCUAGGCAUGGGUGGAGCCUCAUCACUAUACCGCAUGCAGCAAGGCUCAGGUGGGAUGCCCUCUGGCUUUGGCGAGGGUGGGAACUACCCUCUUCCAGGGUCUGGGUUUCGGGGUCAGGACCCUCAAGGUGGGAUGUCACCAGGACGAGGCGGUAGGGCUCCUCCCAUGUACCCCAAUGUGCCACCUUAUUUCUAAGGUGGUCCCAACUGCAUAAGAUACUGCUUGGUUAGGCCUCCAGAAAGGAGGGAGCAAAUGAAGUAUCUGCGGAGACGUACGCCCUGAGCUUGCCGGUGUGAGUCCACCAGUGUCCGGUGUUGAAGACGAGGACAUCUGCGCCGAUCACCUGUUGCAGCAUGGCCGGGAGCUGGUCCAGCUUGAGAGCCCUGGUUCGAUCUUGCUUAGUUUCGAGCUUUACAAGGAACGGGUUCCAGAAGAAUUCCACGGAGCAAUUGUAAUCCUGUAAUUUUCCCCAUCAUAAAGUAAGAGGAUGCUAUUUCAGUCUAUACAGUUCGAUUCUACUUAA